AUAAUAUAUAUGUAUUAUAAUUAUAUAGAAUGUAUGUUCGGUGCAUAUCAAUGCCAUCUAUUAGAUACGAAAUGUACAAAAAUGGCUCUAUUUCUGUCCUAACUGAUCCUUGUUUUAGGCCACGCGCCACGCGCAUCAAAUAAAAACGUUCUAUGGAAAUAUCAAACGUAUACACCAAACCGAGCUGAUAUAUCAAUUACACGGUAUAAAUUACCAUGUUUGUAUUUAAUGUGGCAUAAAUUACAGUGCAUUUCAAUGUAAAACGUUCUUUUGUUUGCUUAAGUUGUUACAUCAAGGAAAAUACAUAUAACUAUUUCUGAUUUUACGUUCGAAGAUACUUGUGUUUAGUUGUACAAAAAGGACUGUUUACAAUGUUCGAAUGGGCAUAUGAUGGUGUUAAUGCUUCCAUACCACGUAAUGCAGGCCCAGAAUGUGCAUAUUAUAUAAGUCCCAAAAGAAGAAUAGUUGAGACAGUAUUUAUAUCAAUAGUCACUAUUAUUUUGCUGAUUUGGGGUUAUAAACGAAUUAAUUUACCAACUAAAAUAUCUUAUGCAAAUCAUGAUCGUGUUGGCAAAAGAAUAUUAUUGAUGAUUAUGUCACUGGUAUUGGGAAUAGAAAUUGGUUUUAAAUUUACCAGCAGAACAGUUGUAUAUAUAUUAAAUCCAUGUCAUAUAACAACAGCGGCACAGUUAUAUUUGCUGAUAGCUGAUCCUAGUCCAAUGGUCACAGCUGUCUUUAGGAUACACUUAAACUUUUUAAAUGGACCACUUUUAGCAUAUUUGUUCCCAGAGACAGAAUCUCGCAGAAUAUUUGCGGACAAAGCAAUGUAUUACAUUCAACACGGUUUGAUGGUAGUAAUACCAUAUUAUUUAUUGAGGAUUGGAGGUGUUUACAAUGUUGAACCCCUAUCAGAUAUGAGCUGGACUGUUUUUAGUUAUGGACUAAACCUUGCAUAUCAUUUUUGGGUUCUCCAAUGUAUUGCUUUGCCCAUACAAGUAAAUCUUAGUCACAUAUUGUGCGCAGCUAUUCUAGAUCCAUUUGGGGGAAAAUAUUAUAGAGUAUGGACAAUGGUUCAUCAAGGAAUAUUAUGCCCUUUAUUAUGCAAAUUAUUUUGUUACUCGUCAGACUAUUUUUUAACAAAGUGUCCGUUAACUAGAGUAAAACCGGCAUUAGAAUGUACACUUCCAGAAAAGAAAUAUAAACAAGAAGACAAUGAGAAGUUACAAGAAGAAACAGCUACUUCGGGAAAUGGGCACACGCGUGUAAAUUAGUGAACACUUUAUAAUUGAUGCCAAUGUACCCUUUACAAAUACAUUGCCGUAAGUAAGUGCAUAUUUCUGCAAUUAGGGAAACGGAUAACUUUGUAUAUCAAUAAUUGAGUAAACACAAAUUAUUUUGUGUUUACUCGUGCAUUCGUAAUUGCAUAGUCAAACACGUUUGUAGUUAACUUUUACACUUCGUCUUCGGAUGCAGUGAGUAAUAACAGCAGGGCAAAUUAUGAUAGGAAUUAGAAAUUACUAAAUUUCGAACAAAAAACUUAUAAAUCUUAAGUAGGUGCUACUACUUCGGAGUAGCACGUUUUUCCAUUUAGAAGUUUUAGAUUACAGGACUCUGAGAAUCUCGCAUUCCUAACGCGUCUAGUUAAAACUUAUAUUUUAUGAAAUACAACCACUGUAGAGGAUGAAUUUUCCAUAAUAUAUUUUUUGCCAUCCAUAGAAAAAUUAUAGGUUUGCUAUUGUUGCAAGAAUAUUUACAUUUUUUCAACACUUGUGCAUGUAAUUUGUUUAAAUACCUUUUGCGCUUAGAUAUAAAAUUAUUAUGAAGCUUAUCUUAUGCUACGAAUAAUGGUAAUUUUAGCCAUUAAAAUUGUUUAUGGUACCUGUUGUGACUGGAAAAGAAAUCAGCUAUCGAGUCAAAAUCCGGAAUUUUCUGGUUUGAUGCGUUACGAUUUAUUUUCAUAUUAUUAAGAAAUUUGAUAAAGUGUGACUUUAUUUCGAAAAUUUCUCAGUCAUAAUAAAGCAGCUUGAAAUUGUGAUAUAUAAACGUAUAAAUUAUAUUAUGUGAUACGGUAUAAAGUACGAAUGUAUUGAUAAAAAAAAAAAAACAUAGUUCAUUAAUACUACAGAAAUGUAGGAUUGUGUCAACAGUGUGCACAUAGUUAACUUAUCACCUUAGUUAUACAGUACAUUCCAUAUAAAAUUACGUUAUUAAUUCUUUAUUUACUGUCAAAACUUUUAUUCAAUAACGUGUGUCUUGUUAUGUUACAUUUUCAAUUCAAAAUACCAAAGAAAACAAAUGCAAAAUGCAACGUUUGUGAUCCAAAGAUAGUAAUUUUAGUUUGUUGAAAUAUUAUUAUAUAUAUAUAUUUUAUUUUACAAUAGCUUUAGUAUUAGUUGGCGAGCGAUUUUGGAUUUAUAUUUAUUAUUUUGUGAUUCUCAAUUAUAAAUUAUAGUCUAUAUAUGUCUAAGGAAGUGAUAAGUAACGUAUAUGUAAUUUGUAUUUUCAGUAAUUAUUACCACAUUAUUUUUCUAAAUUAUUUAUGUGAUAAUAGUUAUUUUGUUUAUUUGAAUGGCCUAAUCUUAAACAAAUACUGAUAGAACUAAUCGUUUUGUUUUUACAAAGAACUACAAUAUUAAUAGCUUCGGUUAGAAAUUGUGUAUUUUCGACCUUUCCACAAUAUAGUAAGAAUUUGUAUCUAAUUGUGCGCACUUUUUACACAAUUGAUAUUUGUGCCCUUUUGCAUGGAAAGCAAAUAAAUAUAAGUAGAUUUUUACAUCGUGGAAUGCUUUCAUAAAGUAUCUUAUAUUCUUUAUGCAAAUAACAUUUAUAUUGAUAAUAUAAUAAUGAAAAAUCAAUGAUUACAUAUAAAUGAAAACGGCAAAUAAAAGCAUUUUAUCGUAAUAUAAAUUUCCAAGCGAAAGGUCAUGAAUAAUGUCUUAAUAACAGUCACAUUAUAUUCAGAAAUAGUCAUUGUCCACGUCCAAUAUGUGAUUAUAAAGGUUUCAAUGAGGUUUAACAUAGAAUCUCGAAAAAGUACGAUAAAAAUACCUUUUAUAUUGUACAUUAUGUAAUAGUCGUGUACACAUGUCGGUGCAAUGAUAAUUAUUCGAUCUGCAGAGAUAUUUAAGACACGUUCAAAUAUGAAGAAACUGUCUAACGAGUGCGUCAUGUAAUACACAUGCUUCGAGCCAUUGUCACGUAACAGACGUAACGAGGGAAUUAAAAUUACUUAUGUACAGAAAGGACUGUAUAUGUACAUCGUUUAUGCUACUUCAACUUUAUAGAUCAUUUAUCUUACAAGGCAUACUUCGAUCAGCACGAAUAGCAUGUAUUAAUGAGUCUAACUUGGUUAAAAUUUGAAAUAAAAUUAAGAAUCUUUCAGACACCAUUCGGUCACACAGCUUGAAUUGUAGUAGCAAUAAAUCAAUUAUAAAUUAGGUCAUUAGGAUAUUGAAUCUGCAAUAUGCCUAUAUCUAAUUCGUACAAUAAUAGUUCACAAAAUGCACUGCAUAGUCGAAAGGGUCGUGUACUGUUGGUUGAAAUAAAUAUGCAAUAAAUUAUCGUUAUUAUAUUUUUGUAAGUUACGGAGAAUAUUGUUUUCGUGACGAUAAUAUAAAUUUGGUACUAAACAUGGAUAUAGAAAGUUCAGAGACUAAGAGAUAUUACUUUUGAUCGUGAAUGGUAUAUUAACAAUAAUUAGUAUAAAGUAUGAAGCAGGAAGGGUUUUGUGUAAAAUAAGAAUUCUUUUUAGUAAUUGUUCCGUUAGAACGGAAUUAUUAAGAAUUAUCGCCGGACACAUUUGUUUGAUGGUAUGCAACAAUACAAACAUUAAAGCAUUAAAAUAAAAUAAUUUAUUUACAGAG